AUGCGUGGGCCGCAGCGCAUCGUCGUCAAGUGGACAUCCUUUGCUUGCGCAUUGCUCAACUGCCUUGUCGCCGGCUCCGUGGUGACGUUUGCCCUCUAUGCGCCACAGCUACAGCGGCAUUUGCAUUAUACGUCCAUCCAAGUCAAUACGGUUGGCAUCGCUUGUCAGCUCGGUCUCUACCUCACAGUCCCUGUCCUUGGCAUAUUGUGCGACAGCAAAGGACCCCGUAUCGUCUCUGCCUAUGCCGCAGCACUCGCGCUACCAGCCUAUCUCAUUGCAGGCAAAGCCUAUAAACAUGCAUGGCCGCCUGCUGUGCUCGUUACUUGCUUUGCAAUCCUUGGGUCAGCGACCGUGGCGUUAUACCUCAGUGGUAUCAGCACUGUAGCCAAAAACCACCCGCGAUCGCGCGGGCUGGCCAUGGCGGUCGUGACUGCAAGCUUUGGUCUGAGUGGACUAUGGGAGACACAGGUGGUGGAUCAUUUCUUCAGAGACAAGCAUGGCGAAAUCAAUAUCGAGGGGACGUUUCUCAUGUUUGGGCUCUUGCUAAGCAUCACGGCUGUCAUCUCCAGCUUUGGAUUGCGUAUCGUUGCGCAAGAAACUUUUGAAGAAGAGGAUAUGAGUGAUGCUUCCAGCGUUGAUGAAGCCACCGCCUUGCUCGCUCAAAGCGGCGUCCUUGAGCCGUCAGAAAAGCUGUCGCUCAAGGACAAGAUUCGCAUAUUUCUCAAAGACCACAGCUCCUGGUGGUUUUUUCUCGCCUUUGUCCUGUUGGCUGGUCCAGGGGAAGUCUACACCAAUAAUCUUGGCAUUCUCUAUACGGCCCUAAAGGACCAGGAAACACAAUCAGUCUCGGCAUCAGUUCAAGUUUCCCUCUUUGCACUUUCAUCCACUUUCGGCAGGCUCUUCUUUGGUGCUCUGUGCGAUAUUCCGUCGCAGUCGCCCAUUACCCUGCGCAUGACCAUCCUCAUCGUUGCUGCAAUGGUUCUUUCCCUCGGCUUCAGCAUUCUCGCAUGGACAGACAUCACAACCGAUACCUUCUGGCUCGCAAGUGUUGCAACGGGGCUUGGCUAUGGCGGUCUUUUUUGCAUCUGGCCAGCCGUCUCCUCCCUCAUCUGGGGGCUUGAAAACUUUGCCACGUAUUGGGGUUGUCUUGCAACAGCGCCCGCGGUCGGAUCUGUCCUGUUUGGGCUGCUCUAUGCAUCCAUUUAUGAUAAGGCUGCACAAGAACAACACAAUUCAUCUGGUCUAUGUACAGGGCAUGUCUGCUUCUCGCGCAGUACUGGCUAUUUUGCCAUAUCCAACCUGCUAGGCGUCUGCAUUCUCAUAUUUGCUCUGCGUGUUUGGCGACGGCGAUUCCCUGCUGCAUAG